AAGACAUCUUCCAUAUUAUUCUCCUCAUUAUCCAACGAAAAAUAAUACUGUAAUAAUCUAAUUAAAUUCCACGCAAAAAAAAAAAAUGGGGGAGAUAAGAGAGGAUAUAGUGAUUGUGGGAGCUGGUAUUUCUGGUCUCGCUACUGCCCUCGGACUUCACAGGGAGGGGUUAAGGAGCUUAGUGUUGGAAUCAUCAGAGUGCUUAAGGAACACUGGCUUUGCCCUUUCUUUAUGGACCAAUGCGUGGAGGGCCCUCGACGCUCUCGGCAUUGGAGAUCAUCUCAGACAACACUCUCUUCAAAACAACGAAAAGAUAUGUGACGCGGGGAGUGUUACUUUGAGUUGUGCAUGCUACUGCGUGUACUUUGUUUCGAGUAGAGGUAAGGUCUGCCUACAAACACCUUCACAUACCCUACUUUUGGGGGAAUUUUAGUAUAUUUGUUGUUGUUUUUGUUGUUGUUGAUUAACUUAAAUAUGAACAAACACUGUUGAUUUAUUGAUCUGCGAGCAGGUUUCAAGUUUUUUCUGCAGAUUCUGGCCUUCCUACUGCUGCUGUUCCGCUGCAGCUACACAAGAACCGGAGUUUCGAAAGUCGGUGCUUGAGAAGGAAAUUGUUGCUGGAGACAUUGAACAAAGAACUGCCCCAAGGAACCAUAAGGUACUCUUCAAAGGUUGUUAUGAUUGAAGAAUCUGGACCGUUCAAAUUGGUUCAUCUCUCUGACGGAUCCGUUAUCAAAACAAAGGUGUUAAUUGGGUGUGAUGGGGUGAACUCAAUUGUUUCCAAGUGGUUGGGACUACAGUGUGUGGUUGAUUCCAAGAGGUCUGCGAUCAGAGGAUUCGUUGAGUAUCCCGAGACGCACGGGUACGAACCAAAAUUCUACGCCUUUUUCGGAGGGGGUGUCCGCUUUGGUUUCCUUCCUUGUGAUGAGAAGGGCUUGUAUUGGUUUUGCACUUAUAACCAAUCCUCCAUUUCCCAUUGUAAGCAAACUAAACUAAAUUGCUUCUGUCAAGGAACCAACUCAACCAAAAGCUUAAGGUUGUGGGUUGUGGCCCAGGAAAUGUUUUUUAUAUUCUAACACGUCCCCUCACGUGCAAGCGUAAUCUUUUUUUGAGCUUCGCACGUGAAACCUUAAUUUUUUAAAACUGAGUGGCGCUGAGUUUCGAACGCGUGACUUCUUAGUCAACAAGGCUCCGAUACCAUGUCAAGGAACCAACUCAACCAAAGAGCUCAAGCUUGUGGUUGUGGCUCAGGAAAUGUUUUUUAUAUUCUAACAGCUUCCAAGAGUGUUUCUAUCAUGCACAUAAGGUGCAUCUUGGACCUUCUCACAUGUCAUAAAAGCACAAUAAAAAUACGAGCGUGUUACAGUUUUACUAUUGCAGUCGAUCAAAGGGACGAACACGAUCCGAUCAAACUGAAGGAGUUCGUCUUAAGCAAGACUAGGGACGUGUCGAAAGAGGUGACCGAUAUUCUGGAGAGGACCCCACUGGGCUUCAUCUCCAAUGCCAGGCUAAAGCUGAGACUGCCAUGGAAUGUUCUGCUGGGAGACAUUGCCCGGGGCAACGUUUGUGUGGCCGGAGAUGCCCUUCAUCCGAUGACACCCGACCUCGGGCAGGGCGGGUGCUCUGCCCUAGAAGACAGUGUUGUCCUUGCCCGGUGCCUCGGAAGGACAUUUUCGGAAAACCAAAGAGACGACAACGAUGGUGAGGUGUUCACAAGGAUUAAAGAGAGCCUUGAGAAGUACAAAAAGGAGAGGAGGUGGAGAAGCUUUGUGCUAAUCUCUACUGCUUACUUGAUGGGUUUCAUUCAAGAGAGUAAUAACAAAGUGAUUAGCUACUUGAGGGAUAAUUUCUUGGUUCAUUACACAUUGAGGAUUGCUCUGAGUAUGGCUGAUUUUGAUUGUGGGAAACUUUUACUGCCUUGAUUAAGAUUUAAGACAAGUGAUUUGUUCUCCAUUCCUCUUUAAUCCUCUGCUUUUUUUUACUUAUAAAGUUUGUGUGCUCACACUUUUCCCAGAUUUUGUACUUUCAUAAUUAAAUAUAAUGCCAGAUUUUUA